AUGGCAAAAAGACUAGAUAAAGUUCCAAGACUCCCAAAGGAAACUUUAACUGCUCAAACUAAAAUGAAGUCAACAAAUACAAGAAGAAUGUAUAUAUUAGCUGGGUGUUACUACUUAGUAACAAAAGGAUGGUCAUUUCUUUUUUCAAAAGAACAAAGAAUAGCAGAAAAGUUACACCACUUCUUCCCUAUUCAAAAGAUAUGGAACGAAAAUGGAGUAAUAAUAUUUGAUAAAGACUUUGAAUAUGAAGUAGUUCAAGAAGAGAAAGAAGCCAAAUUAAAAUUUGAUACUGAAGGAAUUCCAAUAAAGAAAGAGGUAACUGAGACAAGUGAAAAACCAGAUAAUAGGAGAUUAGUUUACAAUGAACUUGUUGUUAUGAACAUCAUUAAUGAUUAUUAUAUGAAGUACAAUGAACUUGGGAGUGAUAAUAGUUUGGCUCACACAAAAUUAUCAAAAAAUACAAUUAGUAGUCAACAAUAUACAAAACUUCCAUUAGUAAAGAAAGAUGGGAAAUGUAUUGGUAUUUAUAAGAAAAUAGAAGUAUUAAAUACAACAGGAACUUUAGUAUAUGACUUUCUUUGCCAAUAUCUAACAAAUGAAAGGGGUUCUCAAAAAAAGUGUGAAGGUGUUUUUAUUGGGGACAAAGAUUGUUUAAAUAAAACAACAUAUGGAAACAUUCUUUUGGGAUUCUCAAAAGAAGCAUUUUUGGAUCAAGCUAUUGAUGAAAGUAAAUUCGAUUGUUUUAAUGACAAAGUUAGUUGUCCAUCAUUAGUAUCUUGUUUAUCAGUUGCUCCAUGUCAACGAUUAAAUGAAGGUGUUAAAAUUCAACCACCACAAUCUCCUACUAACAUUAGUAACUCAAUGGAAGAUAACCUAUUAUAUAACAGUAGAGGUUCUCCUUUUGUUGAGUAUCAAAGUACAGUGUUUGAUUAUAGUGAUGAAGUAUUUCCAAUUAAUAAUGGUGAAAUACUUCACCAAAUUGAAGACUCAGGUAAUAAAGGAGUUAUUGCACAGAAUAACGAGUCUGAGUCAUAUGUUGAUAUGAAUAGAUAUAAGAAUAAUAAAGAAUAUCUACAAAUCGAUCAUUUGUCAGAUAUGGGACUUAAAGAAUAUGGGUUUAUUCAAGGUAUAUAUUACUAA